AUGCGCUUCUCCCCUCUGCUCACCUUGACGAGCCUGUCGACUGUGGCGCUGGCCUCCACGAAUCACCCAUCCUCCACCCUCGACACCCUCGCAUCUGAAUCGCAAGGCUUUCACCUCGUCCGCCGGGGCUUGAAGGGCGAUUGCAUGGCUGCCUACAUCGCCAACAAGUACAGCAAGUACUGCAAGCAACAGUGUCCGCUCAACCAGACGCCGCAGUUCGAGGGCACCUGCAAGUGCCGCGCGCCGUACAAGCUACAAAGCAAGAACUGCGUUCCAGACUGCCAGAAUGGCUCCUCGAUCAACAACACCCGAACAGGCUGCAUCUGCCGAGCCGGCAAGGUCACAAACGUCGACAAGACCAAGUGUCUGACUGUCUGUUCGGGUGGAUCGUACCCCGUCGGGGACGGUACUUGCGCCAAGUGUCCUUUACCCUUCUCUAAGUGUUCGAGUGCAACAGUCGCCACGGCCUGCGCAUCGGGCUACCUCUCCGCCGGCCAAUGUGUAACCGCCGCGCUGUGCCCGACCGGUACAUGGGCCGACAAGACGGGGAAGACUUGCUCUCCGUGCGCCGAUACCGAUGCGAAGUCCUGCUCGAAUGGCAGCGUUGGAACCGCCUUGUCCUGCAACACGACGUACCUCUUCAACGGGACCUGCAUUGCGGGCGCAAAUCUUCCCGCCUGCUAUUACGGAGACGACACGACGCAUACCGCCAAAGCAUGCAAUACGGGCGUAGCGACUUGCACCGGUAUUGGCGCCGGCAACGCCCUCUCCUGCUCUACUGGCUUCCUCCUCUCGGGCAGCUGCGUCGACUCGUCGCAAUGCCCGAGCGGUACCUUCGCUGACAGCGUCGCAAAAGCCUGCUCGCCUUGCGCGGACCCGGAUGCUUCCUCCUGCACCGAUGGAAAGGUCGGAUCUGCUUUUGGCUGCAAAACGCUGUAUCUUUCGCUCGGAACCUGUGUUGCCGCCGCUGACAUCCCCGACGGCUACUACCCGGACGACACGACUCGUACCACGAAACCUUGCGACACCGGCGUGACCAAGUGCACGGGUGCAGGAGACGGGAAUCCGCUCGCUUGCGGCUCCGACGCGGCCGGAGCGCCCUACUUCCUCACACCAGACGGUUCCUGCUUGACGGAGUGUGACUGGGGAACGGGAGGCUCUGUGCCUUCGCACACAUGUGUUGCAUGUGAUUCGGCUGCCGGCAUACUCAAUUGCGACGCUCAAGGCGCGAAGCAAUGCGGCUACAACUCGGCUGGCGACCUGACCUACCUCACACCGACGCAUAACUGCGAGCUGCCGAAUGUCGACUUUCCCGGCUACUACCCGGACGACACGACCGCGACGUUCGAGCCUUGCAACGACGGCAUCGAGACUUGCCUCGGAUUGUGGGAGGACCAGGCUCUCUCUUGCGGUACGCGCAAAGACGGCGCCCGCCUGUUCUUCAUCGCCUCGUCGGACGCAAGCGAGGACGCCUCACUCGGCUACUGCAUCGUCGCGGCAGACUGUCCGGACGGCACCACGGCUGAUGUCGCGACGCACACCUGCAAGGCUUGA